AUCUCACAGUAUUUUGAGAUAUCGGUGUUUGACGAGUAUGUCAUCCGUGGCUGUACUGCAGUCCUUAGAUGUCAUAUUCCCGAAUAUAUUAUGCCUUAUGUUUCUGUCAUCUCUUGGAUUAAAAACUCUAUCCAUGAAAUUAUUGGUUCCGACGACAAGUAUAGUGUGUUUCCAAGCGGUGAACUCCAUAUAAGGGAUUUAAACCAAUCGGACGACCACUCGUUCAAUAGAUAUCGAUGUCAAAUAAGAAAUGUGGUCAACAACGAGACCAAACUGAGCACUCAGGGAUCUAUCAUAAUAUCAGAUUGCCGUUCGGUUGUAGUAGUAAAGGAAGGGACAGAAUCGGUGGAACUUCCCUGCGCUGCACAGGCUAUGCCACCGCCGACUUACAGUUGGCAUAGAGUGAGUCGAGAGGACGGAGUGUCACAUCCAAUAGCCGGUCAUCAACGCUAUGAAUACAGGAGAGGAUCUCUGAUGAUAAGGAAUGUCCGCUCAACAGAUAGUAAUAAAUACGUUUGUGUCGCCAGUAAUAGCAUCGGUGAAGCAAAAUGCGAGACACAAGUCAUAAUAUUUGCGCCAUUGGUUGCAGUCGUCGAACCGAAGAAGUUAGUGGUCGAAGCGAACCAAAAGGCUGUAAUCAAUUGCUCGCUUUACGGAUAUCCUGUCAACAAAGUUAUAUGGCUUCAUAACGGACACACUAUUUCACCCGAACACAGACCCUAUGCCAUACAAUCAUCUCACGACCAAUCAGUUCUUAUCAUCAAUUCUGUGUCAAACAGUGAUCAGGGUCUUCGGCCCUAUUUUAUUGAACUGUUUGGCGAUCAAAGCGUUAGAAUCGACGAUAAAAUAUCGCUCAAGUGUGUCGGCACAGGCCAUCCAAUCCCAAUGAUUACAUGGUUUCUCGAUGGCUAUGAACUGAACGUUAGAAAACAAGAGGCACAUACUCUUCAUAAAGCACUGUGGGACGAAUACGUUGUCGACAGGAAUACAAUCGUUAGUAAUUUAAAUAUAACCGUUUCGUCAGUCUUUGACGGCGGAGUCUAUGAGUGUGUCCUCACAAAUAAGGCCGGAGUCAGUCGACACUCGGCUAAAGUGCGAGUCAAUGGACCGACAAAUAUCAGACAAAUGCAUAGCAGAAACUUUACGGCAAUGAAAGACAUUACACUUAACUGCCCAGUGGUCGGCGAUGAGCCCAAAAUCAUUGAAUGGCAUAAGGACGACAAAAAGCUACCACUUAAUCAUCGGCACCGACUCCAAGCCAACGGAACUCUCGAUAUAAUGCAUUUGGACAAAAGUGAUUCCGGCAUUUAUACGUGUAUUGCGUUUGCGGACAACAACUUGGAUGCCGUGAAACAAUCAUUUCUAAUGCGAGUAAAAGUGCCGCCAGUCAUCGAAGGCUUUAGUUUUGAUAAUAAAUUGCAGUCAGGAAUGAGAACCAGAAUCUAUUGCAAUGUUGCGGAGGGAGACUCACCCGUUGCCAUCAAGUUCUUCAAAGAUCAACAACAAAUUGAUGUCAAUAGAAACGAUGGCAUUACUGUUCAAGAAGUCGACCCCUUCUCGCUGUCACUCGCCAUCGCAAACCUCUCAGCCAUACAUAAUGGCAAUUAUAGUUGCAUUGCAUCUAAUGAGGCCUCGACUGUCAGCUAUAGUUCCCAUCUAAUAGUGAACGUGCCUCCGAAAUGGAUAAUUGAACCGAAAAAUAGGGACGCAAUCGAAGGAAAUAGUGUGAGAAUAGACUGUUCUGCUGAUGGCUUUCCCAUUGUUCAGAUCACUUGGAAACGACUCCAACACUCCUAUAAUAGCCAAACAAAUACAAAAGGAGUCCAUCAACAGUAUCUCCUCAUAAGAAGUGGACCCAAAUAUCAAGUUUUCCAAAAUGGAUCACUUAAGAUAUCAAGCGUUGAGAGCGCGGAUGAGGGCCAAUACCUGUGCCAGGGAUCCAAUGGGAUCGGUCCGGGUCUCAGUACUUUAGCCUCACUUUUUGUUCACAUUCCGGCAAAAUUGAAAGAUCCAAAUAUCUUCCAUAAUAUAAGUAAUCCGAUCGCUAAGACAUUUAGAGUAGUUGUUAAAGAGCCUCCGGAAGCGCCUCAAGACAUACACAUAACGUCAAAAUCUAGUCAAACGAUUGCAUUGUCGUGGAAGAGACCCUACGAUGGAAACGAUGAGAUCCACGAAUAUGUAGUUCAAUAUCUGAACAUUGGAUCACAAUUUCCACAUUUAAAUAAUUUUAGUGUUUUUGGAAAUUUAACGACAACUGUGUUGAGAGGUCUGCACCCGUCCACUGAAUAUACAAUUAUUUUGUUUGCAAUCAAUAGUGUGGGCACAAGUAGACUAUCAAAAGAACUUAAGUUUACAACUGAAGAGGAAUCGCCAUCAGGUCCUCCAACUCGUGUCCAUUUGGAGGCAAUCGAUGCCAAUAGUAUUAAAGUUGAGUGGUUUUCGCCCCCAUCUCAUCAAAUGAAUGGAGAAUUGAAGGGAUUUUAUAUCGGAUACAAAGCGCUCAAUACUAACGACCCGUUUAUCUAUAAGACCGUUCAAACAAAGCCGAACCUCGAUUUGGGCUCAGCUUUCUCUCUGGUAUUGCAGGGAUUGAGUCCUUAUACACAUUAUUCAGUUAUAGUUCAGGCAUAUAAUAAUGUGGGCGCCGGUCCCCGAUCUGACGAAAUGAGUAUUAGGACCGGCGAAAGUAUACCGUCCGGCGGACCCACUGGUGUCAGUUGUGUCUCCUUCUCCUCCCAAAGUAUAACCAUUUCGUGGAACAGCUUAUCGGAGGACAGUAUUAAUGGUGUUCUAAAGGGAUAUCGGGUUUAUUACAGACCCACCGAUAAUAAAGAUGUGAUGAAAAACGAAGUGACGGCUCAACAAAACAAACUGACACUCUAUGGGCUUCAGAAGAAUACCAACUAUUCUCUGGCUGUGAACGCAUUCAAUCAAAUGGGAAACUCCGAGUCGACGAGUGUUUUUUGCCGGACACAGGAAGACCUGCCGUCACAGCCCGACGCUAUCAAAGCAUUUCAGGCGAGUUCUGAUUCUGUGAUCGUAAGCUGGAAACCACCGAAACAGACCAAUGGAGUGAUCAGAAAAGGUCAUAAAUAUGCCUUUUGGGUGACGGCCUGGACUGCUGUCGGCGAGGGCUUGAGCUCUAACAUCGCUAAUGUUAUUAUCGCCACUAAAAUUUCUGCGCGAAUCGUCUCAUUUGGCGAUCAAAUGGAGGAAACUGUCGGACAAACGGCGGAACUGUUUUGCAAAUCCGUUGGAAUUCCAGAACCGAAUACCGAAUGGAAAAUAAAUGGAAGAUCUCUUGAAUUGGAAGGAAAUGUCAGAAACCAAAGAAUUCAAGUAUUACUGAAUGGUUCGCUCAGAAUAGCAAACGUAACGCUCAAUGAUUCGGGAAAUUAUUCCUGUUUUGUGUCUAAUAUUCAUGGAUUCGAUACCAUUUCAUAUGAACUCAAAAUUAAAAGAGAUUCCAAUUCUAAUUACCCGUUGUCUCCGAUUGUGGAUGUGUUGAAUGUGACGACCAGUUCCGUUACCAUCACGUGGAGACUUAGAGGCGAUGAAUUGGCACCCAUUCGGGCGCAUGAAGUCUACUUUAGAAGCACUCAAAACAAAGAGUGGAAGUAUUAUAUCAUAACAGAUGAAGCACUCAAUAAGAACAAGACCUUUACGAUUGAGCACUUGUUAUGUGGAAAUCUGUACCAAAUAUAUGUCCUCAAUGUUAAUACAUUCGGCAAAAGCAGUCCAUCAGAUGUGCUGAAUGUCCGCACUCUGGGAAAAGAACCCGUUUCGCCGCCUUUUAAAUCAUUUGUUACAAGACUUAACUCGACAUCAGUUAAGCUAAACCUCAAUACAUGGAAAGACGGCGGCUGUGCCUUCACUUCCCACCCAAUCAUUCAGUGGAAAACACUUGAUUCAAACCAAUGGAAUCUAGUGUUUGUCAAUUCUGUGUUAGAAUCGGCUGUUAUUAAUGAAUUCAAAACAAAUAAAAAUUAUAAAAUCAAAGUAAUUAUGAAGAAUAGCGCCGGAACUACAGCUGUCGAGUACGACGUCGAGCCGUACGGUUCGGUAAGCAAUGUCUACCAUAUCUCAGGCCACUCUCCGGUCCAGAUAGCGGUCGAACACUUCGACAGUACAAAUACUAACGAAGACAACGAAGUGAUUCCAGUAUUGUUCACAGUUGUCAUAUCAGUUAUCCUACUAUUGGCCGGACUUUUGGCAAUCUUUAUAUUAUAUAAAGCAAUGCAAAAGAGAUUGAAUAAUCCUAACGCAUACGAAGAGCGGACACCAAAUACUGACAAUAUAUUUAGAAAAGUAGCGCUCAUUCAGGGGAACAAAAACGCUCAGAGAAUGUCAGAACAGAUGGAUGUGACCACAGCUGAACUCACGAGUCUUACAUCCACUGAAGAUCAUAUGAGGCUUAAAGCAUAUAAUAAGAGCACAGAAUCGAUGACCACUUCAUUCCACUGUAAAGAAGAUACCGAUUAUAAAUAUAUAUCAAUACCGAAACAAGAGAUUCCAUCCGACUAUUACUCAAUUGUUCAUAAGAACAAGAAAUGUAAGACUAAUGCAAAACAGACGCUAAUAAUCGAUGUAAAGGAGAGAUCACCGGAUGAUUCGCCGAAUAGGUAUAGCCUUCCGAAUACAAUGUUCGACAAAGAGAAACAAUCGGACGCCGACUCACAUCCCAACGAUUGUUGCGGUUAUUUAGUCGACAAUCAGAAGCCCGUCGACUGUGUCUGUUGUGCUCUCUUUGACGCCGACUGUUGUAAUAGUGGCCACAAUUGGCAACCGAUUGGAUGUCAAUUCGAGCCAAACUCCGCACAAAUGCCGUCGUCUUAUAGCAGAAAUUUUAAUAAUUAA